AUGACGCGUUUUUUUUUUUCCCCCUUCUGCCUGCUCACAUUUCCCCUCCCCUUUUAUCUAGGCUUUGGAAAUAUGCAGGUUAGCGACGGCAAUCCUGCCAUGCCUCCACUGAGCGUCAUCAAAUGGUGGUAUGAAAAAGAUGAUGAGCAACGGCGGGCCUUUCUAGCGGCGGAUAAUAUUUCUGAAAAGGUGCAACAAAACAUUCGCGCAGUCGAGUGCUUUGCCGAACAGCACAGUUAUUACAUUAUGUGCGAGACAAAGUUAGCGAUACGACCCCUUCCCCCACUCUCACCGCAACCAAAUCAACCGCGCUCUCGUGCAUGGCUCGGUGAUGUCGCUUCAGUGUGGUUACCAUGUCCCGUACACGCCAUCAUGGAUUACGGCGGGAGGUAUCAGACGACAGAGCAGAGGGAGGCGCGCCGCAAAGAGGCGGAGCGGCUCAUUAGCAUUAUAUACUCACGAACAGCUUCUGUACUGCAUAGCUACUGCGGGGCCCAACAGGAAACGCAGAAGCAUGCCAAUGGUAAAGACAAUUCAUCGGAGGCGUGGAGGUCCCGCUCGGCUCGCAUUCUCGUCGAUGUGUUAGUUGAAGCGUCCGUUGCGGCACUGUGCCGGUUGGGUCUCACCGACGAGUUGGAGGCCAUAGAAAAACAAAAAUCGAGUAGGAACGAAGCGGCGCUGGAGGUGCGUGAGGCGCCGCUAUUCGCUGAAACCCCCAAACCAGUUGGGGCAUGUCGUGCUGAGGCGUGGGGAUGUUUAGGUUUGUGGGAGAUUUUGCAGUCGAGAGUAGGAGACGUAUCGGAGCUGGUGACACUUUUUUCCACCUCGGUUGCUGCAACGUCGGGUGCGAAGCGUCCGCGGGUAGACGAGUCGAACAGCAGCCCUUCCGAAGGCACUACAGAAGCGGCAAAGCCGAACCAAUGGAAAGUUCUUCGUGAAGUGUUUUGCUCGCUGGUGCCCGGUACGGAUUCGACACAUGGCGAGCACGACUCCACUGAUGAUAAUAACAGUAAGAGCCUAUCGCUAAUUCCUUGCCGUAAGGCUCCACGUAUAACUAUUACCGCAGCAGACGUGCGUUGUGGUAUUGCGAAGGUGUUGAAGAAACACCGACCGGUGAAGCCUUUAUAA